AUGUCUCCACUCAGAGGCAUCCUCAAGAAACCGGAACAAAAUGACGAUGAAUGUUUGGCGGAUUCUCUCUACGGCGCUCACCUUCCCCUCGAGCUCCCAAUGAUCCCCGUCAUGCUCCUUCCAGGAGAUACGAAUUUGAACCAUUUUUUCGGCUUGGUUGGAUGGGUUCGAUGCUCGUACGAAAGUCUCGACUAUGAAUCGAGGAAGUCAGUUCCUGAGGUUGUCCGCAAGCGCCUACUAUCAGCGAAAAAUUGGUCUGGAAGACUGCUCAAGAAAAAUGCAGACGAUAUACCUUGCGACACGAGAGAUACUCGGGUGAGAUGGACUGAUGAGGUGGUCUUCAACGAGCGGCCAAGAAGGGAUCGCUCCCGCGCACUCAGUCUCAACGUGGAAAACGUAACCGUUCUUAAAGCCGUCUCGUUGCCUCUUGAAUGUGGCGAAGUUCCUUCUGUCUUGCGCCAAGAAAUCGAUAUCAUCUGCAACACGUCUUCCAAGACUUGCGUGGCAGAAAACGUGUUCAUCAAAAUCGGACUCGACGAGGACACGUACUGGAAUCUCAAAGACAAGCGGGAUAAACUUGAUUCGGAAACCAACAGCGUGGACCAAGAAGCUGAGGAAGAUGAAGACACCGAUGAAGAAGCUGAAGAAAAAGGUCCUUGGGAGGGUACUCCGAUAUGUGAUAGCGACGAUGAGGAUCUUGAGCUACAACCAGAAUAUCCAACCAGCAUUAAUGACUGUGAUAUUUAUGAUGCACAAGAAUAUUCGGAAAGCGAGUGCGACUCUGAUGCUGGCCUUUGGUACUUGGAAAGUUCACCUAGCAGCGAGGUUGACUCUGGCGAUGGUCUUUGGCAACCAGGCGAUCCAGUCAGCGAUGACUCUGAUGAGUAUUCAUCUGAAGAAGACGGCAUCUAUAACGACAUUCCUGUAAACGGAUCGAAAAAAGAGGAGGAACAUCAACUACACCCUGUCGCACCAUAUGAUUAG